AAAAAACUAAGACAGGACGUUAGAAGACAUGGACAGAAGGAGCUUACCCAUAACCGGGUACAAAGCAGGAAACAUAACAUUUGAGAUGCUUCUCCAGAAGAGACAAAUUUAUGGAAUAAAACUUAGUAUGAUGCAAAGACUGGCUGUGUUCUGCUGGACUGUGCUGGUUUUGGUCCACGCAGGAGGCACCCUAGCCCCUUCCAGCACCUACGAGUGCAGCCCCUCCAACCAGGGAUUGUUGUGUGCUGAUGGCAAGCGUUGCUGUCAAGAGGGUCACCGCUGCAGUGCAGACAGCCUCUGGUGCAUCAAACAAGAGCUCCCGUCAGUCUUCAUUUGUGCUGAUUUGGUGUCUGAGUGUCCGGAUGUGAACACUUGCUGUAAGAAACCAGAUGGCAGUUGGGGAUGCUGCCCCGUUCCGAAGGCUGUGUGCUGUGAAGACAAGGUCCACUGCUGCCCUGAAGGCACCUCGUGUGACGUUGAACGCUCCAGAUGUGUCUCCCAGUCCUCCUGGGAGGACAUGCCCAUGUGGGAAAAGCUGCCUGCUAGGAAGCGGGCCGACUGGGAGAACCAGAGAGCCAAUUCUGUCCCAUGCAGUAGCAAUGAUUCCUGCCCAGAUGGCUCCACAUGCUGCAAAAACGUACAAGGCAACUGGUCCUGCUGUCCACUACCAAAGGCGGUCUGCUGCUCUGAUUUAAUACACUGCUGCCCUGAAGGCUACAUCUGCAACACGGCCGCUCAGACGUGCGAUAUGGACUCUGGGUCUGUGGCCUGGCUGGAGAAAGUCCCUGUACUUCCAAAGCGGGAUGUGAUUUGCGACAAGAGGCACACCUGUGAAGAAGGCUCCACCUGCUGUAAGAACUCAGCAGGACAGUGGGGAUGCUGUCCUUUACCUCAGGCCGUGUGCUGCGAGGACGGAGAUCACUGCUGCCCCGCACACUAUAAGUGUGACGAGCAGAGAUCCAAGUGCAUUCACCAGGGCGUGACGAUCCCGUGGUACGCCAAACGUCCGGCCUCCUCCCCCAAGACCCCGCUGCAGACCCCCGGCUCUACCUUGAAGCCGCAGCAAGUGCUGUGUCAGGAUCACAGCGCGUGCCAAGAUGGACAGACUUGCUGCAAGAUCUCAUCAGCCGCUUGGGGAUGCUGUCCUCUUCCUAACGCGGUGUGCUGCAGCGACAUGGAGCACUGCUGUCCUUCCGGGUAUACUUGCACACAUAACUUUGGAUCACUCAGCAGCAGUCCAGUCCUUUUUGUGUUGAGCUCAGGCGAGACGCUCUUGACGUUGUCUCUUAUUCAAGAGUGGCUUUACACAAGGAAUGCGACAGCUGAAGCCCAUAUCUUGCAUACGUCGAUGCAAAGACUGGCUGUGUUCUGCUGGACUGUGCUGGUUUUGGUCCACGCAGGAGGCACCCUAGCCCCUUCCAGCACCUACGAGUGCAGCCCCUCCAACCAGGGAUUGUUGUGUGCUGAUGGCAAGCGUUGCUGUCAAGAGGGUCACCGCUGCAGUGCAGACAGCCUCUGGUGCAUCAAACAAGAGCUCCCGUCAGUCUUCAUUUGUGCUGAUUUGGUGUCUGAGUGUCCGGAUGUGAACACUUGCUGUAAGAAACCAGAUGGCAGUUGGGGAUGCUGCCCCGUUCCGAAGGCUGUGUGCUGUGAAGACAAGGUCCACUGCUGCCCUGAAGGCACCUCGUGUGACGUUGAACGCUCCAGAUGUGUCUCCCAGUCCUCCUGGGAGGACAUGCCCAUGUGGGAAAAGCUGCCUGCUAGGAAGCGGGCCGACUGGGAGAACCAGAGAGCCAAUUCUGUCCCAUGCAGUAGCAAUGAUUCCUGCCCAGAUGGCUCCACAUGCUGCAAAAACGUACAAGGCAACUGGUCCUGCUGUCCACUACCAAAGGCGGUCUGCUGCUCUGAUUUAAUACACUGCUGCCCUGAAGGCUACAUCUGCAACACGGCCGCUCAGACGUGCGAUAUGGACUCUGGGUCUGUGGCCUGGCUGGAGAAAGUCCCUGUACUUCCAAAGCGGGAUGUGAUUUGCGACAAGAGGCACACCUGUGAAGAAGGCUCCACCUGCUGUAAGAACUCAGCAGGACAGUGGGGAUGCUGUCCUUUACCUCAGGCCGUGUGCUGCGAGGACGGAGAUCACUGCUGCCCCGCACACUAUAAGUGUGACGAGCAGAGAUCCAAGUGCAUUCACCAGGGCGUGACGAUCCCGUGGUACGCCAAACGUCCGGCCUCCUCCCCCAAGACCCCGCUGCAGACCCCCGGCUCUACCUUGAAGCCGCAGCAAGUGCUGUGUCAGGAUCACAGCGCGUGCCAAGAUGGACAGACUUGCUGCAAGAUCUCAUCAGCCGCUUGGGGAUGCUGUCCUCUUCCUAACGCGGUGUGCUGCAGCGACAUGGAGCACUGCUGUCCUUCCGGGUAUACUUGCACAGCAAGCGGCCGAUGCAUUCAUGGCCCUGAGUUUCUGUGACAUCAAUGGCAACAACUGAAAAUACUCUUGUAACUGCUGCAACUGUGACUGUAUGAAAUAAAAAUGGAAAAAUCAUA